AUGGAUCCAUCGCAAGAUCGGGCUAUUAUCUCGGGCUGCUCGAUGGUUUCCAUCGGUACCCACAAACUGUUCAUCUCUGUGACAGGCCCCAGCCGUACGCCGCUGGACCCAAUCGUGGUUGUUUUAGCUGGCGCUGGAGACGUUGCUUCGUCGUAUGUCGUGGUUGAGCGUCUUGUUUGCUCAUUCGCGCGUAUACUGCUUUACGAUCGCUCAGGCCUAGGCCGUAGUGAAGGCGGGCCUAACCAAUAUACCGCCAGUAUAGCAGCCUCGGAACUACAUAUGCUACUGAUACAGGCACAAAUAUCCCCUCCGCUACUUCUGGUCGGCCAUUCCUAUGGUGCGAUCGUUGCACGCGAAUACCUUCAUUUGUACCCAGACAAUGUCGCCGGUAUGGUACUAUUUGAAGCUGCAACGGAAAGACAGAGUGAUUUUUUCAGGAUCCCGGAUCCAGACAUCAGUGGAGUGAUGGGCAACCUCAAUUAUGCACAGGUAACUGGCCUCAAGACGGAUUCGAAACUCUCCCGCGAAGAGUGGCGGACAAGAGCCGCGGAUAUUUCUCGUGGGGCAGCAGCGUGGCAGGCAGAAGCAAGUUCUUUUGCGGAGGUCUGCAAGGCUCUGAGGAGAAAAGAGCAAUACAAAAGAAAAGCGUUAGGCGCUAAGCCUCUAAGUGUAAUUCGAGCUAACAGCUCUCGAGAUUACCAGCGCAUCUAUGAAAAGGGCAUAGAAGCGGGCAAUGGUACCGAGGAACAACGAGAAGCAUUUCGACAAAUGCUUAACAAAUGGGAAGAUGUUGAUCGUGAAAUGAAAGAGGAGCAACUUUUACUCUCCUUCAAUAGCCGAUUGGUUCAUAUCCCAGACUGUGGACAUCACGUUCAUUUGGUGCGGCCAGAUAUCCUCGUCCAGGAAAUUCGGUGGGUAAAGGACCGGAUCUCAGGUGAGCCCGAGGGAUCGAUAGAAAAGCUUUAA